GGCAAAUUAAGCUAUUACAUAGUGAAUCCUCAGCCAUGGAAGUUGUUGGUGGUCGUCUCUUUUUGCUAGGGGUUUUCUUGGUUUUAUAUGUGUAUGGUGUACAUGGUAAUUCUGGAGUUCAUGUUAAGAGCUUUCGGACACAUAAAAUUGACCGAAAUACUCAGCGGUUAUCACCUACUUUCGGAAUUAAUAUCCUCAAUCGUACCAGUUUUCCUGAAGGUUUUGUUUUUGGGACUGCAACUUCUUCGUACCAGGUUGAAGGAGGAUGGAAUUCUGACGGUAAAGGUCUCAGCAAUUGGGAUUAUUUUUCACACAAAUAUCCAGAUAAACUUGAAAAUAAUAGCAAUGGAGAUGUAGCAGCUGACUCUUACCACAAGUAUAAGGAGGAUGUCAAACUUUUGAAGGAAAUGAAUACGGAUUCGUAUCGCUUCUCUAUCUCUUGGUCAAGACUUAUACCUACCGGCAAGAUUAACAAAGGCAUAAAUGAAAGAGGAAUUCAAUAUUAUAAUAAUCUCAUCGACGAACUUGUUGCUAAUGGUCUAACAGCAGCAGUGACAUUGUUCCAUUGGGAGCUUCCUCAAGCUUUAGAGAAUGAGUAUGGUGGUUUCUUGAGUCCUAAGAUUAUAAAGGAUUAUCUAGACUUUGUGAAUUUGUGCUUUGAGAGAUUUGGCGAUAGAGUAAAACUCUGGAUCACAUUUAACGAACCAUAUAGUUAUAGUAACUUUGGCUAUGAUAAUGGGCUAAGCGUUCCGGGCCGAUGUUCAUCAUGGUUGAAUGGCAAUUGCUCGGCAGGGGAUUCAGGCACCGAGCCUUAUACUGUAUCUCAUCACCAACUCUUGGCUCAUGCAUAUGCAGUUCAAUUGUACAGAACCAAAUACCAGGCUCAGCAGAAAGGUAUUAUUGGAAUGACAAAUGUUUGUAACUGGAUGGUGCCAAUGACUAAUUCAUCUCUCGAUAUGCGAGCAGCUAAGCGUUCUCUAGAUUUUAUGUAUGGAUGGUUUAUGAAUCCUUUAGUAUAUGGUGAUUAUCCGAAAACAAUGAAAGCUGUCGUCGGCAAUCGCCUUCCAAAAUUUACACAUGAAGAAUCGAAGUUGCUAAAGGGAUCCUAUGAUUUUCAUGGAGUGAAUUAUUACACUGCCAUGUAUGCUUCUCAUUCCAGUAACCCUCCUAAUAAAACCCACGCCAGAUAUAUUACUGAUUAUCUUGCUGAUCUUAUAGCAACCCGUCAAGGCGUACUUAUUGGAGAAGAGGCAGGAUCAAAUUGGCUUCAUUCCUAUCCAAAAGGACUUUGGCAUCUUCUCCUCUAUGUACAACGAAAAUAUAAUAAUCCAGUUAUUUACAUUACAGAAAAUGGUGUUGAUGAAAUAAAUGAUGCCUCAUUACCACUUGAGCAAGCCCUUCAAGACGACUUUAGAAUCCGAUAUUAUUAUCGCCAUCUUCAAUUCCUCCGCAAAGCAAUCAAAAAUGGAGUCAGAGUAAGAGGAUUCUACGGAUGGUCGCUUAUUGACAAUUUUGAGUGGCUGAACGGAUACAGUGUUCGUUUUGGGUUCAAUUUUGUGGACUACAACACUUUGAAAAGACACAGAAAACUGUCGUCAUAUUGCUUUUCAACUUGUAUUUUCCAAUUAAGAUUAAAUAUUGAAGGAGGAUGGAAUGCUGAUGGCAAAGGCCUUGUGGAAAUGUCUGCAGAACAAAGAAGCUUGCUUAGCAUGGAGAUCUGCAGCCUCUUCUUCAGGACACUUGGAGUAGUUAUGUGUAGUACUAUGACUAACAGCUUUUUCCAGUAUUUAGCUAAACCAAAAAGGACUGACCAUGGAAAAGAAUGCUUUUGGAAUCUGCAAUAA